AUGAAAUCUAAAUUAAAAUCAAAUGAAAAUGAAGAUGAAGAAAACCAAAUCAAGCCUAAGAAAUCGUACCAACUUCAAACUGUUUUUGAUGCCAAGAUCAUUUUUGAUUGUGAAUUUGAUGAAUUAAUGACCCUAAAGGAAACAGUUUCAUUAAACAGUCAAUUAUCUUACUCUUAUUCCGCAAACCGUAAAUCUCAAGUCAGAUUUGAAACCUUAAUCUGUACUUCAUUCAAUGGUAAACUUAAAGAAAGAAUGCAGUCUAAUGGAAAUCAACAAAUCAGAUGGUCCAACUUUUCGUUUUUUUCUCAAUCACUUGAAGAACUUAUAAAUCAUCCUGAUCAACCGGUUCAUUCGAAUCAAGAAGAAAUCAUUCCUACUGAAAAUCAAAACCAGACUUCGAAUCUUUCAUUCCAAAAAGAAAACAUUGUGUAUCUUACAGCUGAUUCUCCUAAUCUAAUCACCACACUUGAUCCUAGUAAACAUUAUGUCAUCGGAGCCAUUGUAGAUCAUAACCGAUACAAGAAUCUUUGUUAUGAAAAAGCAGAAAGACUUGGAAUUCAUCAUGCUCAAUUACCAAUAGGAGAAUACAUGAAAGAAUUAAAAUCUAGAAAAGUUUUAACUGUAAAUCAAGUACUUGAGAUCUUAUUAAAUUGGAUAUCUAAUCAUGAUUGGAGAAAAUCAUUUGAAUUAGUUAUACCUCAAAGAAAAUUUCAACUUUAA